CAGCGUGCUCCGGGCACCUCCGAGCCCGUCUCGGGAAAGCUCCCAGGAAAGCCCCCAGGGCGGCCGGGCACCUGGCCCUCCCUCGGCGCUCCUGGUGCCGUCCGGGCACGGGCCAUGUCCAGCUGCAACAGCCCCGGGGGCCCCGCUGCCCUGGAUUUUCCCGAAGUCCUCAAGUCCCUGCUGGAGUACUCCUUGCCCUGGACCAACAAAAUGACAGAUAAAGAGAAGGAGAAGAUAAAACUUGAGGAAGAUGAAGCAGCAGCUGCCAGCACUAUGGCAGUCUCUGCUUCCCUUAUGCCACCCAUUUGGGACAAAACUAUUCCUUAUGACGGAGAGUCUUUCCACUUGGAGUACAUGGAUCUUGAUGAGUUCCUUCUGGAGAAUGGAAUUCCUUCCAGCCCUACUCACCUGGAUUUGAACCAGAAUCCACUCUUGCCUGUGGCUGAGCUGGAAGGAAAGGAGUCUGCCAGUGCUUCCACUGGCUCACCUGCAUCAUCAUCAUCUACUGCAGUUUACCAGCAAUCUGAAGCGGCCUCCAGCACAGAGUCCCCUCCACAAAAUGAGAGAAAUACUCCCAGCCCCAUUGAUCCUGACUGUGUAGAAGUUGAGGUGAAUUUUAACCCUGACCCUGCUGAUUUAGUGCUGUCCAGCGUGCCUGGUGGUGAGCUCUUCAAUCCUCGCAAGCACAAGUUUACUGAAGAGGACCUGAAACCGCAGCCUAUGAUCAAAAAGGCCAAGAAGGUUUUUGUCCCAGAUGAGCAAAAGGAUGAAAAAUACUGGACGAGGCGAAAGAAGAACAAUGUGGCAGCAAAGCGCUCCCGUGACGCUCGGCGAUUAAAGGAGAAUCAAAUCACAAUUCGGGCAGCCUUCCUCGAGAAAGAGAACACGGCCCUGAGGACGGAGGUCGCAGAGCUGCGCAAGGAAGUGGGGCGAUGCAAGAACAUAGUUUCUAAAUACGAGACCAGAUACGGACCCUUUGACUUAUCUGAUUCCGAGUGAUGCAACUUUAAAGACUUAUAAAAACAAAGAAACUAAAAAGCACACAUGAAUCGCCAGUCUUCAGAGUGAGCGUGAAAUCUGUGAGGUGUCCCAACACAAACAACUGACGAUGACCCUGCCUGCCUGCUUGCCUGCAAGUACCCCAUCUGAACUACCCAGGGCUGGGCAUGAUGACAAGUGCAAAGUCUCCUUAAUUCUGUAUAUGGCUUUCUUAUCUGUCUCUCUCACUGUAACUAUGAACUACAAUAAGCUUGCUUACUGGGGUUUUGUCAAGACACUCAAAGUUCGUUUCUCCAAGUCUGUUGACAACCUGUGUGAAUAGUGACUCUUUGUUCCAGCGCUUGAGUG